UAAUGAGAACUCGUUGACAGGAAAAACUAACGCCAGCUUCUCUUUCAGAUGGUGCAUUUCCUCACACACUAUGCUGACAAGAUCGAGUCCGUCCAAUUCUCGGACCAGUUCUCCGGUCCAAAACUUAUGCAAGAGGAGGGUCAGCUUACAAAACUGCCUGAAACUAAAAAGACACUUCUGUUUACAUUUAAUGUGCCUGGUUCAGGCAACACUUCCCCAAAGGAUAUGGAGUCUUUGCUGCCUCUGAUGAGCAUGGUUAUUUACUCCAUUGACAAAGCAAAGAAAUUCCGUCUGAACAGAGAGGGCAAACAAAAAGCUGAUAAGAACAGGGCUCGAGUGGAAGAGAACUUCCUUAAACUGACUCACGUGCAAAGACAGGAGGCUGCCCAGUCCCGGCGAGAGGAGAAAAAGCGGGCGGAGAAGGAGCGAAUCAUGAAUGAGGAGGAUCCAGAAAAACAGCGUCGGCUGGAGGAAGCAGCUUUGAGGCGUGAGCAGAAGAAACUGGAGAAGAAGCAGAUGAAGAUGAAGCAAAUCAAAGUGAAAGCAAUGUGAACCCUUUGUGGGAAACCUGUCUUGGUACCACCUGCAGAAUUUUAAUUCCCAGGGUACAAAGGCAUAGUUAACUCCACAAUCUUACACUUCUUUGAACACUAGUAGCCAUUAAGAGAAAUGCUCCAUGCAUUGGUGUUGCUUUUUUGAGUAUUACAGCAACAUGCAGGUGUAUGUAGAGAGCUUUGUCUCUGCAGCUUUAUUCCAGGUGGUUAAUUUUUUUUGCUACGUCUCUAAAAAAAAUGCAAUAUUC